AUGACAGAAAUCCUCCCAAGUAAUUUUGUACCGAAACACUACGAGCUUUACAUCAAGCCUGUCCCUAAAGAAAAUAAAGUCAUUGGAAAAACAACGAUUGACAUCACUUGUGUUGAAGAGACGAACCAACUCAUCCUUAAUGGCGUAAAAUUUUCGAACGUGGUUGCGACAGUCAAAGAGACAUCGGAAUCACUUGAGUAUUCUUUCGAUGCUGAAAAGGAGCAAAUCAUAUUCACUUCAAAGUUGAAUUUCACAAAAGGAGAGUAUACAGUCGUGAUUGAUUACGAGGGAGUUCUUUCAAGCGAAGAGUUGUGUGGGUUGUAUCAGUCCAAGUAUAAGUAUCAAGGAGAAGAAAAGAUUAUAUGCACAACGCAGUUUGAACCAUCUGCUGCAAGAAAUGCUUUCCCUUGCUUCGACGAACCAAAUUACAAAGCCACUUUUGAUGUCAUUUUGGAGGUUCCGAAAGUCGAGAACUGCUUUUCAAAUAUGCCAAUUAAGUCGACAAAAGAACACGAAAACAUGAAGGUGGUUUCAUUUGAAACAACGCCGAAAAUGUCUACUUACAUCGUCGCAUUUGUCAGUGGUGAGUUCACAAGUUACACCAAGACUGGGAAAAACGGCGUUGAAUUGGGUCUCCACUUUGCUAAAAACCACCAGAAUAUCACAAGAUUUGCUCUUGAUGUUAUGGACGACUGCUUGGCGUUGUAUGAACAACGGUUCAAAAUCAAAUACCCAUUGAAGAAGUGUGAUUGGAUCGCUCUUCCAGACUUUGAAGCUGGUGCAAUGGAAAAUUGGGGAAUUAUUACGUCUCGUGAGACGGAGGUAUGUCUUAAAGAAAAUGCAUCGACCGCAGCCAAAAAGCGAUCUGCAAGUGUAGUGUGCCACGAGCUUGCUCACAUGUGGUUUGGUGAUUUGGUGACAAUGAAAUGGUGGAAUGAUUUAUGGUUGAACGAAGGCUUUGCGAGCUAUAUGGGCGACUUGUUUGGAGUCAACACACUCUUCCCAGAAUGGAACAUGGAAUCUUCUAAUGUUGUAGAGUCAUUACUACCAGCAAUGAAUUCUGAUGAGAACGUGAAUACACACCCAAUUAGUGGUCCAGUGAAAAAAGCGAGUGAUAUUGAACAACUGUUCGAUUUAAUUAGUUACGAAAAAGGAUGUGGGUUAAUUAACAUGAUGAUCAACUAUGUUGGAUUCGACAAUUUCAUGAACGGCAUUUCGGUUUAUUUGAAAAAAUUUGAAUACGGAAAUGCGGAGAGCGACGAUAUGUGGAAGUGUGUUGGAGAUUAUUGUGGCAUUGAUUUGAAAGAGGUUGUCCAAGCGUGGACGUAUAAACCAGGUUUUCCUGUUGUCAGUCUUGAGUUGAAAGACGGUAAGCUGUAUUUGGAACAAGAGAGAUGUGGAUCACAGAGCGAACAAAUAUGGCAAAUUCCAAUGAUACUGUCUUGUGAUGGAAAUGAAGUUAAAUACAUGUUUAAGGAAAAGAAAGCUGUCAUUGAAUGGCCACAUAAGUAUGUUAUUGCAAACACCAAAUCGACUGGAUUUUACCGAGUUAAAUACUCGGACGAAAUGUUGGAAGUACUUCAAAAAACCAAAAUUGGGAAAGUUGAGUUGAUGUGUGUCUUUGAUGAUUUGUAUACACUUGGGAAAUUGGGUGUAAUAUCUUCAUUACAUUACCUCAAAUUCUUGAAAGAGUUGGAACCAAUCACUGUCGAGACCUAUCAACUUUCAAGAGUGCUUGUUGGGCACUUUUACGAACUGAAAAACGUUUUUAGGGAGACUAAAGUGAAACAAUUUGUCGAAGAGCAAACCGAGAGGCUUCUUGCUCCUGCUCUUGAAAAGUUGGGAAUGGGAGUCAUCAAAGGAGAACCAUUUGAUGCUUCUUCGUUGAGAUCCUCGUGUUUGAUCCAUUUAAAACGAGAUGACAUUAUUAAAAAGGCAUGUGAAGUUGUCAUGAAUAACGAAGUUGGCAAACUGUCUGGUGAGUUAGUGUCGCCAACGUGUUUAAACGCAGGCAAAUAUGGAGAUGAAAACGUGUUCAACAAAUUGAGUGAGAUGUAUACAAACGCCGAGACUGUUGAAAUUCAGAGAAUCGCAUUGAAAGGAAUGGCGUCGACCCAAAAUGAAGAGUUGGUCAAAAAGGCAUUGCAAUUUACUGAGACUGGUGUCAGAAAACAAGACGUUGGGUUUGUUUAUGCCAUUAUGUUUAUUGGUGAAAGUGAAUUGGUCACAGAAUACAUUGUGAGUCAUAUCAAAGAGAUCAAUGAGAAGUAUGGAGGAGGCAUGUCGUCCAUUAGAAAGUGGAUAUUAGAGUAUAUGAUGGAGAGGUAUUCAUCAAAGGAGCGUCUUGCUUUCUUUACCAAGUUCUUUGAAGAGAACAAGUGUGUUGGAGCGGAGAGUUGUAUCAAACAAGGUCUUGAAGGCAUAGCUAAGAGAGCAGCUUGGAUCGAACGAGACUUAGGAAGUAUGCUCAAAUUCAUUGAGUAA